AUGGUCUCCAAUGUCCAAGUGCAAAUUCAAUCCUACACCUUGACAAGUUCCUUUCGGCUCCUUGAAGUCCCAGGUUGUGAUUUAGUCUUAGGUGCUGAAUGGUUGGACUCUUUGGGUUUCAUUGGCUGGCACUUUCGCCACAAAACUAUGAUCUUUAUAGUGGAUGGUCACACCCACAAAUUACAGGGCCUUGUCCCAUUCACAGCCCCUUCAGCUUCCUCGUUUCCUCCUUCACCUACUUCCCUACCACCCCUUUCCGCCUUCCUCCUUCCUCUCACCUCCCACGCCAUGAACACUAUUUCCCAUCCACGCACUCUUCAAUUCUCCAUCUUCUCCAUUGUUAUCAGGACCUCUUCUUCCCACCCCAUGGCCUUCCCCUUUCUCGCUCCACUAAUCACCAUAUUCCCUUGCUUCCUAACACCACACCGUCCUUCAUUGGACACUCACAUCUUGCAUUUAGCCUCUGUUUUUGACAUCCUCAGGGAGAAUCAACUCAAGGUAAAACUGUCCAAAUGUUCCUUUGGCCAACCACAAGUGGAUUACUUGGGUCAUACCAUUUCUGCCCAAGGGGUCUCCGUUGACUCUAGCAAAAUUCAGUCCAUUAUCACUUGGCCUCUUCCGAAAACUCUUCGCGGCCUCCGUGGAUUUUUGGGUCUCGCAGGAUAUUAUCGAAAGUUUCUUUGCAAUUUCGGCUUGCUCUCCAAACCCCUCACAGAUAUGCUCAAGCCGGGUAAUUUUGCUUGGUCCCCGGAGUCCACCUCGACUUUCCAUCACCUGAAGGACACGCUCGCCUCCACUUCGGUGCUCGCACUCCCGAAUUUUGCAAAGCCUUUUGUGGUCGAAACGAACGCUUCCGGCGGUGGCAUUGGGGCAGUUCUCAGUCGAGAUAAACACCCCAUUGCGUUUGUUAGCAAGGCACUCUCAGGUCAACAUCUUGCCCUCUCCACAUAUGACAAAGAGAUGAUGGCCAUCGUUUUUGCUGUUCAGCAUUGGCGACCAUACUUGCUGGGCCGACGCUUUACAAUCCUCAUUGAUCAUCGUGCCAUCAAAUACUUUCUUGAGCAACGCAUCUCCACUCCACAGCAGCAGAAGUGGUUAGUCAAGCUCUUAGGGUAUAAUUAUACAGUGGCUUACCGAGCCAGGCAUUUUAACGUUGUUCUCGAUGCUCUGUCCCGAAGACAUGAAUUAUUACCCAUCAUGGGUCUUUCCACUCCGAUAUUCGAUUGCAUUCCCGAUAUACAGCAAUCAUAUCUCGCCGAUACUACAUCAGCCACUCUUCUCUGA